AUGAGCUAUGAAUUUGCUGCCGUUCUUCGUGAUAACACCAUGCUUGCACUUUAUGCAAUUGGAAGUGGUAAUCACGAUGUAGUUACACAAGAAAUUUUGAAAGGAAUUGAUCCUGGAGAAAAAAAUAUCACUUGUGAAAGAGGGCAAAAGCGAUAUUAUGUACUCCAUGAAGUCACUGGAUUAAAUUUUAUCGUUGGAACUGACAAUUAUGUUUCGUCUAAUGACGCUUUUACAUUUUUACAGAAUUUAGAACGAAAAUUUAUCCUUCAGUACGCAAAGCAAUGGAAAACUGCGCAUAUUUAUCAAAUGCAACAAGAAUUUUCUCCGCAAAUCAAAAAUAUGAUCGAUUCUAAAGCAUUAAUAAAAAUUGAACAGAUUAAAGAAAAUUUAGAAGAAACUCAAGUUUUCAUGAAUCAUACUUUUGAACAGGCAUUACUACGUGAAUCAAAACUCAGUGAAUUAGAAGAUCGCUCAACUAGAUUAGCAAAUGGUGCUUCUGAGUUUGAAAGAAAUGCUGGAAGAAUCAGAAGAAGAAUGUGGUUCGAACAUUACAAGUAUUAUAUUGUUGGAUUUUGCAUUAUUGCUGGAGCAAUUUUUCUCGCAAUAAUCGCUGUGUGUGGUGGCUUUAGUUUUAGCGAAUGCAAAUCUAAACCUAAGCCUACACCUACACCAUCAAUAUCUCCAACACCUUUACCAAAAUAA